AUGUCGACUCCGACGACGACCCUCGCCGGCCUCUCGCUCUCGCUCACGCCCGCGGAUGACGUGCCGCCACCCGGUGGAACACAAGCCGCGCUCAUGCUCGGUCAUGAUAAGGCAGGCUGCCUGCGCGCCCGCUCGACGUGUCUCAUGGCCGGGGCGGCCCCGGAGGAAGCCCCGACUGGAGGACGCUCUUGUCCUUUGCCGCAGCCCCGGGAGCGCGCGCACGACUUCCCCGUGGUCCGGUCAUGGUGUCGUGGUGUUGCGGGCCCAGCUGGACUGGGCGGUGUAAGUGAGGCUCUGUAA